AUGGCCAGUCAAUCCCAGGGUAUCCAGCAGCUCCUGCAAGCCGAGAAGCGGGCGGCUGAGAAGGUGGCAGAUGCCAGAAAGAGGAAGGCCCGGCGUCUGAAGCAGGCAAAGGAAGAGGCACAAAUGGAAGUGGACCAGUACCGCAGAGAGAGAGAGCAAGAAUUCCAGAGCAAGCAGCAGGCAGCCAUGGGCUCUCAAGGGAACUUGUCGGCUGAGGUGGAGCAGGCUACAAGGCGCCAGGUGCAGGGCAUGCAGAGCUCCCAGCAGAGAAACCGCGAACGUGUCCUAGCCCAGCUUCUCGGCAUGGUCUGCGACGUCAGGCCCCAGGUCCACCCCAACUACCGGAUUGCUGCCUAG